CGAACGAUCACUGGAUUUAAUGCUAACUUUAGACGAUAAACUCCAACCGAAUAUUGCGUUUUGUUCAACUAGCGGUGUUGAGUUGGGACAAUUGCCACCAAACAGUACGACUGAUUUUUCUCUAGAGUUAUUGCCGCUAACUCCAGGAUUACAAUCAAUUUCCGGCAUUCGAGUCACGGACACAUUCCUAAGGAGAACAUAUGAACAUGACGAUAUAGCGCAAGUAUUCGUAGCAUAG